CGGAGGUGUAUUAUAUCCGAGGGAGACCGGAAUCGCAAGUUCGAGCGGGUUGGUGGUGUGUCCGGUCCGGUGCCGUCCGGUUUGUGUUCCGAGAGCGGCCAAGCAGAGACCCUGUCGGCAGACUGUUUCCGAAGCUUCGAAUGCGCUUUCCGCUCGCGUCGUUCGACCCCAGCUCUCGACACCGACGCGACAUCGGCCGAACGUUCCUUCGCACGUUCCAUCAAACGUACGCGGGCAACUGAUAGGAUGCCGCCAAGACGAGCAGAAGAUGUGUCUAUGAAGAGAAUAGCAGCUGCAGGUUGUAAAUUACCAGCGCAACUGCCAGCUGGAGAAAUCUUGACAGAUAUUACACAGAAUAAAUGGAGACUAGGGAAUACCAUUGGAUAUGGUGGUUUUGGAGACAUAUACCUCGCUUCUAAUAACGUUACAUCACCUGUUGGUCAAGAUGCAAAGUAUGUCGUAAAAAUUGAACCUCAUAAUAAUGGGCCAUUAUUUGUCGAAAUGAAUUUUUAUAUCAGAGCAGCACGGAAGCACAUGAUCAAAAGUUGGUGUGAAUCUCAGGGAAAGAGUAGAAUUGGUGUACCUACAUACGAAGGAUCAGGAUCUCACUUUUAUGGAGGUCAACGAUAUAGGUUUUUAAUAAUACCUCGAUAUGGCGUAGAUAUCGGAAAAUUAUUCCUAUCGCAUCGGAAGAAAUUACCAACGAAACUUGUUAAUACGUUAGCUGUACAAAUGCUUGAUGCGUUGGAAUAUAUUCACAGUAAAGGAUAUGCUCACGCAGAUAUUAAGGGACCAAAUAUCUUGUUAUCAUAUGGAAACGGAAUAGGAAAAGAAAAAUCGAUGGCGUACUUGGUGGAUUAUGGACUGGCGUAUCGUUUCCGUACAGGAAUUGGAGAACAUAAACCAUUUGUACAUGAUGAGAGAAGAGCUCACGAGGGUACUUUAGAAUUUACAUCCCGGGACGCUCAUCAUGGAACACAUUCAAGGAGAGGGGACUUAGAGACUUUAGGAUAUAACAUUAUACAAUGGAUGUGUGGGAAGCUACCUUGGGAGAAAAAUAGUGACGAAAUAGGUUUUACUAUGGAUCCCGAAGAAGUUCAUCAACAAAAAGAGAUGUUUUUAUCGGACUUGCCUCUAUUUAUGGACAAGUGCUUUCCUGAGAAGAAAAAACCACCAGCUGCGAUCAUGAAAUAUAUGAAGUGCAUUACCGAACUAGAAUUCGAGACCAAGCCCAACUAUUCCUAUUUACGGAAUUUAUUUCUACGUAGUGGCAGUCAAGAUGGCAAUAUUCCUAUAUGUCUUUAUAACAUGAAAGAGUCAAAUGAAAAUCUUACAAGCUCUAUAUUUUUUGAGCGUCCGUAUUUAAGAGAAAGAAAACCUUGUAGACCUGUAAACGGCGAGUUACGAAUAACACGAAAUACUCAGCCUAAGCAACCAGUUCAGAAGAAAGAAUUUAGUUGGGAAGCAGUAUUAGCAUUACAUCCAGACAAACUCGCAAAAAUUAGUACUCAACUGCCACCUUCACCUCUCACACCGCCUCUUACACCACCAUCGUCCACAUCGCCGCGGCCGCCGUCUCUGCCGACAUACGCAAUGUUAGAAGUACUUCGUAAAAUGAAAGAGAGGCAAUCAGGUUCGUUUAGGCAUAAAGCAACACCGAAAUCAUCGGAUAAUGAAUUCAAACCAAAAUGGAUGACACCUGCAAUGGAAGAAGUUGCGCGAUUAAGAAAAAAAAUUAAUGAGACGCCCAUUUCUGUACCUAACUCCGAAAAUAAUUCGCGCGUGACGCGCUCACGUGUAGCAAAGAGAAAACGAUCUGGCGCUCAGGAGCAACAUAAGGAAAUAAAGGAUGACUCGACCAAUAGCAAAGUUACACAUAAAAGAAGGAAAGGUUCAUCUUAAAGAAAAUUUGGUCUUGUCAAGAGACACGGUAAUGUUUCGCGUUAAGUAUACGCGCUCGUACUGAAUGCAGGAGACACUACAAUGCAUUUUCACUCGAACCAUCGAGUUAACCGAAAUUAGUAUUACAAAGACCUCUGUCGGUGAAUAUUGGCAUUCUCAACGUAACAGCAAAUAUUAAGUAUUAUUUGAUAAAAUCUCAUCCAUUAAUGAUGUUAUAGAUAUACA